AUGGAGGCAGCAGAGAAAAUGGCAGGGAUUUUUAUGCCAAAAUGGCAACUGGCUCAUGUUUUAGCCAGGAAUUCUUGUUUCUCUUCAGGUCGUGUGCUUCAGGUGGAGGACUGUUUCAACUUACAUAGGCACAUAGAAAGAAAUAUCGAUGAAUCUGGUUUAACCCUGUUACAUGGAGAUGCUAAAACAGUUUCAGGUGCAUUUUUCUGUUUGUGUGAUCUUUGCUUGAUUCUUAAGAUUUCAGAGUUUCUCAACGAGUUUUACAAAAAAUACUUGUUCAGUAUUUUGGAACUCAUAUUUGGUGUGUUGAGGGAUAGCCUUUAUAAACCUGGAUUCAAUUUGCAUGUUAUGGGUGAAGGUGGCUUGUUAACUAGAGCUGAGCCUUUGUGGCAGCAUGUUGCGCUUUCUUUGUUUCCAAAAUUUCUCCCAAUAGGGCCAUUAAUAGCAAACAGAGCUAAUAGGCUUUUAGAUAUUUCCCAAUCACAAUUUUGGGCUAAUGACUCUUCUUGCAUAAGUUGGCUUAAUCAACAAAAGGAUUGCUCAGUCAUAUACAUCGCAUUUGGUAGCUUCACUAUACACGAGCAACACCAAUUUUAUGAGUUGGCUCAUGGACUUAAGCUCACUCGUAGGCCAUUCCUUUGGGUUGUUCGUCCAGGAUUCAUCUCAAGUGAAAAGGCAAAAAGUACUAUGUUUGACCCAUUACAUACAUUUUUGGGAAUUGAAAAUAUGGUUGGAAAGAUUGUUAGUUGGGCACCUUAA